GAGUAGCGUCCAGACAUCUAUCAACCGGCCGGGAUUAACUGUCGACCGAGACAGGGGUCGCAUAGAUAUCUUCAAUCGAUCAUCCUCCUCACUUUAGCGCCAGGUUACUUGAUCAAGUAAAACCUCAAGAUCGCCUGAUACUCUGGACUGCUCUCUACGCAUCGCCGCUCAUCAUGACACUACACGAUGAGAGCUCUCAGGAGCCAGAGCAGCUUCCCCGGGAGAGCUGGGCUGCUCUCUCCAGCCUCCCUCCGUUCUCAGGGCCGACUGUUCCAAACCUUGGACGCCGGUUUCUCAUCCAUUCUCCCUCUACCCUCCUCAAGCUGGGUGCUGAGGAUGGCGAAGGUGAAAUGACCGCGCUCGCUUAUUCCAUUCUGGGUCCCUGUGUUCCACGCGUCAUUCGCGUCGUCACAAUAACCUCGACGCCCAACCGCCCCCAACAGGGCCUCAUACUCACUCACCUGCCGGGCACACCGCUAGUUGAGCUCUGGCCCUCACUCACCCCUCCGCAGCGCCAGACCAUCAAGGAGGAGCUCUGCCGUCUCAUCGUGCGUAUGCGUACGCACAACUUCUCUUACUACGGCCGGCCCCCGCGGCAGCCGUACCUCCUCUUCUCUGAAUUUCGCACGGAGACGCACGCAUGUUGCUCCUCUCGCUCAGAGUGGGACGACUCGCGCAUCCGCGCGCUACACGCCUCUGACACGGCCCCGGACGCGGAACGUGUAGCCGCCCUCGAGCAAGUACAGCGUGGCACCACCGGCACAGAUGGUUGGGACCGUCCUGUCCUCUCGCAUGGGGACCUGUCUGACCGGAACAUCCUCGUGGACCCCAGCACGCUCGCGGUGACAGGUUUCCUGGACUGGGAGAUGGCCAACAUCAUGCCCGCGUACUAUGAGUACGUCGCGGCACGGCUGUGUGGGGGGCACCAGCCUGAGUGGCGGAGGGAACUGUUAGAUGUGCUGAGGUCUGUUCUGCGGCAUGAGUGCGAUGAAGAAGAGGAAAGUUAUAGGAGGACGUUGGCGGCGUGGGAUGCUGUCGUCGAUGUGGAGAGAUUCGCGCAGGGAUACGGAGAUGACUGCUAUUGGACUUUUGAAACCGGUCUGCCAAUGGUUUCAGGCAAGACUGGUUCUGCCUUGUAGUUCAAUGGGGAUAAGAAGCAGCAGCAAGCGCGUAGGAGUAGUUCAGACAUAAUAGAGAAGUAUUAACUGAUGCUUCUUGAUGGAUCUGACUGGGUUUCUGCGGACUGUCACACUGUGAUACAAGUCAUACCAUCCUCUUUUAGAAUAAGGGGAGUACUCCUGCCACGCCCCUAUCGAUCCAGAUACGCCCCUUCUAAGUAGGCUUAGUAUAUACCUGAGAACAGAGAUCAGGGUAUAGUAAAAGGGUACCUAUCCUAAAGUCACCGCCCUUCCCAUUUAUUUCUUGCCAUCUAAUCAAGUAUUUAUGCAGAUGUUCAAUCAAGCGUCC